AAUCCAUCUCAUCACAUCUUCUCCACUGCAAUGAUCACAAUGAAUACAAACCUCUCCUCAAUCUCUAUAAUAUCUCAGACUACAUUUCUCCCUUCAUUCUCUUCCUUUGCCUCUCUUCAACUUCCACGCAUCAUCAUCACCCCAUCAACCACCAUUAGAUUAUGCACAAGUUCACACAAACCCAAACAGCAGCAAAACCAUCUCUUCUGAUCACCAUCACCAUCUCCUCUUCCCUAAUUCACAAGGGCUCUAUUCCAAGAGUGUUUUACAAAUCAAUCAUUCAAAGAACAUAUCAAUGGUGAGAGACAUGUUAUUCUCCAAAGAAGGCAACAAGACUCCAUUGCAAUCCAUGGUGUUAAUAGACACACUUCAAUACAUGGGACUUGAUCAUCUUUUCAAGGAGGAAAUUGGCUCAACCUUAUCAUCCAUUUAUGACAACUUUACUCAUCAAAGAGAUCAUGGACGUCAUAACUUGUUUGAAUCCUCUCUUUUCUUUAGAUUAUUCAGAGAGCAUGGUUAUAGUGUAUCUCCAAAGAUGCUCAAGAAGUUCAUUGAUAAGAAUGGAGAGUUUAAACUAGCUUCAAGUAAGGAUAUAAAAGGUUUGAUGAGCUUGUAUGAAGCUUCACAUUUAAACAUUGGAGAAGAUAUACUAAGAAAAGGCAAGGAGUUUUCAAGUAAGCAUCUUUGGGAUUCUAUUGAAUGGUUGGAUAAUAAGCAUGCAAAUCAAGUGAAGGAAACAUUAGAGCACCCUUAUCAUAUGAGCAUACAAAGAUAUAAAGCUAGAAGAUAUAUUAGCAUGCACCAAGAUGAUGAAAGAGGAUGCAAAGAUGUGGUGUUUGAAUUAGCUAAGAGUGAGUUCAAUGCUGUUCAGCUCUUGCAUCAGAGAGAGCUCAAUGCAAUCCUAAGUUGGUGGAAGAAGGCAGGGUUGGCACAAGAGCUGAGCUUUGUGAGGGACCAACCAUUGAAGUGGUACAUGUGGCCUUUGACAAUGGUUCCACAGCCACAUCAUUCAAAGUGUAGAAUUGAGCUCACAAAAGCAAUUGCCUUCAUCUACAUAAUAGAUGAUAUUUUUGAUGUCUAUGGAACCCUAGAUGAACUCUCUCUUUUCACUCAAGCCAUCAACAAGUGGGAUAUUUCAGCUAUCAAUAACCUUCCAAAUUACAUGAAGGUUUGUUUUAAUGCAUUAUACAAUGUUACUAAUGAGAUCGCUGAAAUAACUCUCAAAGAAUAUGGAUGGAAUCCUAUUAACACAUUAAGCAAAUCGUGGGGAAAAUUGUGCAAUGCUUUCCUUCAAGAAGCAAAGUGGUUUGCAUCAAAACAAAUACCAAACAAGGAUGAAUACUUGAGAAAUGCAGUGACUAGUUCAGGAGUUUUCAUAGUAAUAGUGCACUUAUUUUUUCUAAUGGGGCAAGGCUUAACAUUUGAGAACAUACAACAUAUAGAGAAUGAUCCAAGCUUUGUUUCUAAAUCAGGGACUAUUCUGCGCCUUUGGGAUGAUUUAGGAAGUGCCAAGGAUGAAAAUCAAAAAGGGUUUGAUGGAUCAUACAUGGAGUUAUACAUGAAAGAAAAUCAAGAAUGCACUGCAAAAGAAGCUCAGGAACAUGUGAUGUUGAUGAUCUCCGGAACAUGGGAUGCGCUUAACAAAGAAAGCUUCACUCAAAGCUCAUUUCCUCAACCCUUAAUUAAUGCAACCCUCAAUCUUGCAAGGAUGGUUAGAGUUAUGUACUCUUAUAAUGAUGAUAACCAUCACCUCCCAAUGCUUGAUGAUUAUAUAUUUUCUUUAUUGCAUCACCCUUUGUAAAUCAAAAAUUUAAUCUUAUGAAAUAUUUUUAAAUAAAAAGAUUUAUAUUAGCUA